AUGUGGGAUAGAUUCAAGAUUGUUCCCCAGAACGCGGGAAGACAGAUCGACCACCCACUCGACGACGACAGGAUACGCGUGGGCCUCGGAAUCGGCUACGGUGGCCAGAAUGCACCAAGGGGAUACAGCUACUCGAUCAAGGGCGGCCCAGCCCCUCCGCGGCCACCUCGCGAGUUCUUCGAGUCUCAAUACGAGACCGUGCCCGUAGUGAAGGAACCGCCUCGUUGCAACCCAAAUCGCAUCACGGCCCGGGCUGCAGAUUUCCGCCCUACCUCCUCCGUCUAUUCUCAGGACUCUCUACCAUACGUUGCGAGCUACGCUGUGAACUACACCGCAACCGUGGCGACCAAAUACAACGAGGAUGACGGGCCGGAAUAUCACCAUACCGCGGGGAUUCCUCCCAGCACGGGCGCCCCGAUAAAUGACAGGUCGGGUUGGUCGUAUGCCCCGGAGCCACGGCAGGCGCCCCAGAGCCCGCCGCGCAACCGUGGGACAGCCAGCAUUCCGGCGAUGCGCCGCGAGCGCAGGAGACAGUCGGACGCCGCCACGCGCGACUCGAGAGCGAACCAGCCCGGCGCGGCGCCGCAGCAAACCCGGAAUCCACCCGCCCGGGAAGCCCCCCGGUGGGACCCACUCACGGGGGAGCAGGCCAACAGCGCCCGCGGCCGGCCGGCGCAGGUCAAGCCCGCCGAGUACGCUCAAGGCCCGGGGAUCCCACCGCAAGCAUGGACCGAGCCGCGGAAGAGCCCGACCGCCGCUCCGCCGUCCUUCACCGAUCGAGUGAAGAGGAUAGCCAAGAAAGCCGCGGCGGCGAGGGAGGGUAGCACGGACCCCGCCGCUGGCGCUUUCACCUCGUCACGCCCGGGCUGGCGCGGCGCCAGCGGGCGUAUCGCCAUCGUCGACCCGGUAUAUGAUAACCCCAAUGUCCCCCCGCUGCAGAUUCCCGAGAAGAGCAGUAAGAGGAACGUCGCGGUCGCAACCGGGCCCAAGUCCAACUUGACCCCAGAGGGUCCGGUCCGCCGCGACCAGACCCCGCCCGUCAGCCCACCCGCAUCUGAAACACCAACCCGGUCUGCUGCGCGGGAGGCCAUCAGAAGAAUCCUGCCCAGCGCCCAUUCCCCGGCUGCGACCCAGACUCAGCAGCACCAGACUGGUCAGGGGUACCCUAGCCCCCCUCUGCCGGAAAACUCGGCGAGAGACGGUACCCCCGCUGUUGCGGCGGCCCGGGAGCUCGUGUGUGAUGGCCACUACGGUGCGCCCGCUCAUCCCAAUCCGCCCUUGCAAUCACCCGAGUCGUCGAACCAAUUUCGCCGGAAACCGCCGCCGCCGGUACAGACAAACCCGCAGCACCAACACCAGGUGUCUGUCUCAUCCGUCUACUCACAGCAGACCAACGCUCCCCAUCCUUCGCCGCUGCCAUUACCGGACAACCCGCAACCGGCGGAGAAUGCGGAAGAGCCCUACGUGCCCCCACCCUCACGCUUCAGCAUCACCACCUAUGCCACCAGCAACACGGGCACUACCCGCGACGAUGCCGACGAGCAUCCCAACGAGGACCAGCCGCCCGUCCCAUCUCUUCCAGCUGACCAUCAGCAGCAACACGCCGACGGCGGCCGGCCCUCGUUCGACCAUAAUAGCCCCGCGACCUCGCCGCCCCAGCCCAUCCCCCGCAGUCAUCCGUCCGCCAGCGCCGAGCAGCAAACUCCGGCAAGCACGUCCACCGCUGCCGCCGCCGCCGCCACCUCCGCCACCGUCGCCCCCAACCCAGCCGUCGGCCGCGCCCUCGCCCAGGACCGCCCGUCGUCCCGCGCGUCGGACAUCAACAAGACGCUGCCGCCGGCCCCGCCGGAGCAGAGCGCCGACCAGGCGCAGGACCGCGUGGGCCUGCUCAACGCGCAGCUCCGGUCGCUCGCGAACCGGCGCAUCAACAUCAACCGGUCCAUCGAGCAGAUGACGCAGCUGAUGCCGACCGACAAGCUGAUGAACUCGGCCGAGGUGGUGCGCAAGCGCGAGAUCGAGAAGCAGAAGGUCGAGGCCCUCCGCCAGGAGCUCGCCGACGUCCAGCGCGAGGAACACGAGCUCGGCCUCAAGCUCCACCGCGCCUACAAGCGCCUCGACCGCGAGGCCGAGUGGGAGCCCACCACCCUCUGGGUCCGCAGGGUCACUGGGUAG